CCUCCACCUCGCUUUCGCCUUAUGGAGUAGAGUGGAAUAGACUGGACGACACUCCUUCCGAACACGAAUCUCCGUCCCCUCCGCCCUCCGGCCAUGGCAGGCCUCUCCACCACCACAAUGGCUCUGCAGCGCCAGCUCUGCCGACCCAACGCCUCGCUCACCACUACCAGACUCGCAGCGAGCGCACUCACACCUACACAAUGCCGACGAGGGCUGCAGGACAUUGCCAUCACACGGACGGGCAAGCCGAUUAUUCGACUGCCGGGCGGACGAAGCUCGUUGGGAGGCCACACGGCGACUGUGUUUGGCGCAACAGGCUUCCUCGGCCGCUACAUUGUGAACCGACUGGCACGAGCAGGAAACACGGUGGUAGUGCCCUUUCGUGAAGAGAUGGCCAAGCGACAUCUGAAAGUGACGGGUGACUUGGGACGAGUCGUCUUCAUUGAGUACGACUUGCGGAACAAGGCGUCGAUUGAUGAGGCAGUCCGUCAUUCCGACAUUGUGAUCAACCUGGUCGGUCGUGACUAUCCGACCAAGAACUUUGAUCUUGCGGAUGUGCACGAGGAAGGCACACGUCGGAUCGCGAACGCUGUGGCCAAGUACGACGUCGACCGCUUCAUCCACGUCUCCUCCCACUCGGUUGCUCCCGACUCGCCUUCAGAGUUCUACAGGACCAAGUGGAAUGGAGAGCAGAUUGCACGCGAAAUCUUCCCCGAAACCACCAUUGUGCGCCCUGCUCCCGCAUUCGGCUUCGAGGACCGACUUCUCCACCGGCUGGCCAGAGCCACCAACGUCUUCACUGCAAACAACAUGCAAGAACGCUUCCGACCCAUACAUUCCAUCGACUUUGGAUCUGCCCUGGAAGUCAUGUGUCAGGACGACAACACUGCCGGCCAGACAUAUGAACUCUUCGGUCCCAAGGAGUACACUCUGAAGGAGAUAUCCGAACUUGUCGAUCGCGAGAUGAUCAAGAAGCGAAGACACAUCAAUCUGCCCAAGGCUGUCCUGAAGCCAUUGUUUGGAACACUCAACAAAGUGCUAUGGUGGCCUACGGGAAGCACGGAUGAGGUGGAGCGUGAAUUUUUGGACCAAGUCAUUGACAAGAAGGCCAAAACGUUCAAGGAUCUUGACAUUGAGCCCGGUGACAUUGCGAACUUCACAUACCAAUACCUGCAAUCCUAUCGCAGCUCCUCAUACUACGACCUCCCACCCAUGACAGAAAAGGAGAAGCGCGAGGAGAGGAAAUAUGUCCAUGUUCUGGACAAUCAAUAGACAUGUUCUGUCAUGGUAACAGAUUUCCUCGCGUGUCAGUCACUAUAGCUCCUGUAUAUAUGCUACCGUCCAGGACAAGAAUUUCCAUUUGUUGUUCCCAAAUAGGCACUCUCAAUGCAGCCUACAAAACCAUGUCAUAUCCCGA